CGAUCCUCCCAAAUGGCUUAGCGUGUGUCCCUCACGCGUUCACUCUCUUUGCCUUCUCAACGGUCUCCAACUAAAAUGGCUGCUCUCGCUUCUUCUCCUUUCAUCAUCCCCUGCCGCACCACACCCUCCUUCCCACUUUCUUCUUCCUCUUCUACCUCCCUCUCUUCUCUCAAAUGCUUAACAUCCUCUUCUCCCAUUUCUCACCUCUUUUUUAAUCAGGCUCAGCGAAGAGCACAGGUCCGUUUAUCAAAUGGAGGAUAUGGCACAGUGUCUGCGCCCAAAUCAUUCGCGUCUAAUCCUGAUCAGCUGAGGAGUGCAAGAGAAGACAUUAGACAGCUGCUCAAGACUAAGUUCUGCCAUCCAAUUCUGAUCCGCUUGGGAUGGCAUGAUGCUGGUACUUACAAUAAAAGUAUUGAGGAGUGGCCACAAAGAGGUGGAGCUAACGGGAGCUUAAGAUUUGAAAUUGAACUGAAACAUGCAGCCAAUGCCGGGCUUGUUAAUGCAUUGAAACUUCUACAGCCAAUCAAAGACAAGUACUCUGGUCUGACAUAUGCAGAUUUAUUUCAGCUGGCUGCUGCUACAGCUGUGGAGGAGGCGGGUGGACCAAAAAUCCCUAUGAAGUAUGGAAGACUUGAUGUCUCAGGACCUGAACAGUGUCCUGAAGAAGGCAGACUUCCUGAUGCGGGCCCCCCCUCACCUGCUGAUCAUUUACGGCAAGUUUUUUACAGAAUGGGUUUGAAUGACAGGGAAAUAGUUGUACUAUCUGGUGCCCACACACUGGGGCGGUCUCGACCACAGCGUAGUGGCUGGGGCAAGCCAGAGACCAAGUAUACGAAAGAUGGACCAGGAGAACCUGGGGGGCAAUCCUGGACAGUGCAAUGGUUGAAGUUUGACAACUCUUACUUCAAGGACGUCAAAGAAAGAAAGGAUGAAGAACUAUUGGUCUUGCCAACCGAUGCUGUUCUUUUUGAGGAUCCGCCUUUUAAGGUCUAUGCAGAGAAAUAUGCUGAAGAUCAGGAAGCGUUCUUUAAAGAUUAUGCUGAAGCCCACGCCAAACUUAGCAAUCUUGGAGCCAAAUUUGAUCCUCCGGAGGGUAUUGUCAUCGAUAGCGGUUCUCCAAAACCUGAGCCAGAGAAGUUUGAAGCAGCGAAAUACUCGACUGGAAAGAGAGAGCUGUCAGAUGCUAUGAAACAGAAGAUUCGGGCCGAGUACCAGGCAGUUGGCGGGAGCCCAGAUAAGCCUCUACAGUCUAACUAUUUUCUAAAUAUCAUGAUUAUCAUUGCCGUUUUGGCAUUUGUGACAUCGCUGCUCGGAAACUAGUUGGAUUCGCUUUCUUUGUUUUAUUUUUAAAGGAAAAAAAAAAAUCUCUAUAAUUGCACGUGUGUUAGUGUACAUACAAUCUUCUAACUUAUUCCCGGGGAAAAGAAGUCUACUUGAAUUAGUGUAAGAAAGCCGCCUUAGGUGUUUAAGGCAUUAAUUAAUAAAUUGAUAAAUAAUAUAUAGAUAAAUACUGCGUUUUCGUUGAAA